GAUCUCGUGGAUGAACUUUGGCAGGACCAAGCUAAGAGGCGUGAGAUUCGCCUCGGAGAAUGGAUCCACUCUUGGGAUACCCCUCGCGAAGAAGACUUGAUUCAAAACUUCAUGUCAGCGGAAGUAUCAAAAGAACUGGACGACAUUCUACUACCACAUAUUGCUUCGCUUCAGAAGCUCCUUGACAGUCCAGACUUGAACCAAUAUGAUGCGGAGGCAUACCCUGUGAUAGACUACAUCUUGCGAUCGAAGAAGAAGCCAGAUGGUGUGGGUGCAUACAGCAUACCAUUUUGUGGUGACAUCUCAUCUCACGAGUAUGCCAAAAUUGCACAUUGGUUCUCGGAGAAUGUUCCUGGUGCUUCCGGCCAAGUCGAAAAAUGGCUUGGUGGCAUGCCUUUGGUGCAUGCUUUCACUCUCGUGGCCAGUGAUUUCGAAAAACGCAUUGAAGCUCGAAACGAAGAAUGGAACGAUAGCAUGCUGUUGAAGAUGGCUUGGGCUGAUCUCAUGAUAAGCUAUCCUACCAAUAGCUUCGUGGCUGACGUCGACCUCGAGUGUCUGACUGCACUAGAAGCAAGGAUGUUCGAGGAUUCGGAAGAAGCAGGACCUGCAGGCAACCAGCAGUGGGGUUUGGAUGCUGGCCAACAUCACAGGCGAUGGAAUGUGUAUCUCGGAAUUCCUGAUGAAUGGGUUUCUGUAAGAGAUUAUAGCGAGAGUGAACUUCAAGUGAGGAAGACAUUACCUGCUCCGUUCGAUAGAUAUCUAACUUACCAUGUGAUUGACAGCGUGGCCCCUUAUUCAGUGAUAACUCUGAUGCUACAUCUUUGGAGUCCGCAGACGAGCUAUCCGAAACUGUAGUUCCUUCUCUGCCGGCUGAAGAAUGUCCGCCCGUUAAACAUCGA